AUGUUUACUCCUAUUCGAGAAGGAAAUAGAGGAGGACGAGGACUGUUUUCAUGGGAAGAUGUGAGGGUAAUGUCCUAUAAAGACAGAGAAUGCUACUUGGGAAGCACAGUAAAUUUGGGAUUUCUUGACAAAGGAGGAAGAUGGAGGAAAAAAGAUUGGUGGGUUAAAGCUCCUCAGGAUUUGGAAGCUGAUGAAGCUGAAAAACAAAAAAUCAGAGAUGAAGAUAUGCAAAACUUAAGAGAGUCAUUAGGAUUGGCAAAUCCUGGCAAAAAGAAAAAAGCCCAGCUUUCAGAAGCGGAAUAUAAAACUUUACUAACUCCCCCAUCUUCUGUGAGCGUACAAAACCAUUGAAAAAUCCUAUUUUUUGCCCACCCUCCGUGACCGAACAAAAAAAUUUUUUGACAUAUAAGUGAUGAUUAUUAUAAUAAAAUCUCUAGCUAAUUUUGUGUAAUUUCAAACAGCUUGCGUUUUAAAACGCAAAUUAAUUAAUUUUUACAAUUGGAAUAUUUUUAAAUUUUAAAACAUAAAUUUUCUAAUUUAAAAAAAAAUUUAAUCUCCCUCCAAAAGGGAAAAAAUUUUUUUUUUUCUAUGGAGGAGAGGGAGUAAGCAAAAGAGGAGCCGAAGAAGGUUUAGAUUUAGAAGAUCAAGGACAUAAAAUUACUGGGCUUGGAUUUGACCCAGCUAAUAGAGUAUUUGGCGGAAAAGGAGGAGAGUCAAAAAGAGAAAAAGAAGCUAUCAAAAUUGAAGCAGAAGGCAUAAAGCAUAAAAGCGAUCAUCAAAAAAAGCAUAAAAAAUCGAAGAAGCAUAAGCACAAGAGACAGCACUAUGAUUAG